CAAGUCCACCAGUCUUACGAACGCCGCGUCCAGAUUCCCGCCUCGACCCUGCCGCGGCAAUCUCUUCCUUCGCCCAUACACAACCACAACAAUGCUCAAGCAGGCCGUUCAGAUGCACGACGCAAUCGCGUCGACGUCACAGCCAAACAGUGCCUGUAAACAAUCCUCUCUCGGAAACGCCUUCAACCGAACUGGCUCAACACAAACAUCGGCGCGUCCACUAGCGAACGAAGUGAAACAAAACAUUGCGGGGUCGCAACGACCAUCGGCUUCCAGCACGCAGGGCGUCAAGAGGACUUCCAACGGCCUCGCCAAGUCACUGGGCCCUCACGAGGACGAUUUUGACUACCCUACACUCAACAUUGCGGACAUGGAUAAGGAAAAUACAAUUCCGGAGGAUUUUUACGCAUCUGGCACACAUUCGGCUUUUCUCGAAACUGCCCUGUACGACGAGGACGAUUUCGACAGUGAUGUUGACCUCGAUGUGGAAGAUCCAGCAACCAAAGGCACCGUCACCUACCCCACAUUGCCUCAUGUUGCUUCGGCUCGUUCGGGAGACUCUGGAUACGACUCACGGUCGCAGACUGCAGACACCAAGCCGGAAUCGGACAGCAGCCAGCCAAUACCAUGGUCAUCUUCUCCUUUAGAACACCU